GUAUGUCCAUCCUCUUAGCCUCCCACACAUUGACAAAAUCACAGAUAUUAUCCAUAAAAAAUGAGCUUUCGGGCCUUGUCAGUUUUUUCUUUGUUCUUAUCCUAUUUAAUCUUGGGCUCAGCUGAGCAGUGUGGACGGCAAGCUGGUGGUGCCCUGUGCCCUGGAGGCCUAUGUUGUAGCCAAUUUGGUUGGUGUGGCAACACUGAUGACUACUGCAAAAAGGAAAAUGGUUGCCAGAGUCAGUGCAGCGGAAGCGGAGGUGAUACUGGUGGACUUGAUAGUCUGAUAACAAGAGAAAGGUUUGAUCAGAUGCUUUUGCAUAGAAAUGAUGGUGGUUGUCCUGCUCGUGGCUUCUAUACCUAUGAUGCUUUCAUAGCUGCUGCGAAGUCUUUCCCUGCCUUCGCUACAACCGGUGAUGAUGCCACUCGCAAGAGGGAAGUUGCUGCUUUCUUGGCCCAAACUUCCCACGAAACUACUGGUGGAGCAGGAUGGGCUGCACCCGAUGGUCCAUAUACGUGGGGAUACUGCUACAAUAGGGAAUUAAACCCCGCUGAUUACUGCCAGUGGGAUCCAAACUACCCUUGCGCUCCUGGUAAGCAAUAUUUUGGCCGGGGUCCAAUGCAACUUACUUGGAACUACAACUAUGGGCAGUGUGGAAGAGCCAUUGGGGUGGACCUAUUAAACAACCCAGACCUGCUAGCAACUGAUCCUACAAUUUCUUUCAAGUCAGCGUUCUGGUUCUGGAUGACUCCACAAUCACCAAAGCCUUCUUGCCACGAUGUGAUCAUUGGAGCGUGGUCACCCUCCGGUAGCGACCAGGCGGCAGGCCGGGUUCCAGGGUUUGGUUUGAUCACAAAUAUUAUCAAUGGCGGCCUUGAAUGUGGUCAAGGUUGGAAUGCAAAGGUAGAGGACCGCAUUGGGUUCUAUAAGAGGUAUUGUGACACACUUGGAGUUGGCUAUGGUAACAAUCUCGACUGCUACAACCAGAGGUCUUAUAACAAUGGACUCUCGGUGGACUCAAUGUAGCUAAUUUAGUGUCGAAUGACUUUGGUAAACAAAGAUGUUUAGGGCUUUCGUAUUUAAAAUGUACCAGAACAGUGAUCCGAUCGAAUUUGUUGGAUUUGCUAUGACACUGUGUUCUAUGCUUCUCUCAAAUUGCUGUCUGAAGAUGUUUGAAAGCUUAUGUAGUCUUGAUGUUGCUUUCCCAAAGAAUAAUAAAAUGGAUGGUUUCCUUUGAUUUUCA